AUGAGUUUUAAGGAAGAAUUCAUUAUAGAAUUCAUUAUAGAAUUAAUUAUAGAAUUAAUUAUAGAAUUAAUUAUAGAAUUAAUUAUAGAAUUCAUUAUAGAAUUCAUUAUAGAAUUAAUUAUAGAAUUAAUUAUAGAAUUAAGUAUAGAAUUAAUUAUAGAAUUCAUUAUAGAAUUCAUUAUAGAAUUCAUUAUAGAAUUCAUUAUAGAAUUCAUUAUAGAAUUCAUUAUAGAAUUCAUUAUAGAAUUCAUUAUAGAAUUCAUUAUAGAAUUCAUUAUAGAAUUCAUUAUAGAAUUCAUUAUAGAAUUCAUUAUAGAAUUCAUUUUAGAAUUCAUUAUAGAAUUCAUUAUAGAAUUCAUUAUAGAAUUCAUUAUAGAAUUCAUUAUAGAAUUCAUUAUAGAAUUCAUUAUAGAAUUCAUUAUAGAAUUCAUUAUAGAAUUCAUUAUAGAAUUCAUUAUAGAAUUCAUUAUAGAAUUCAUUAUAGAAUUCAUUAUAGAAUUCAUUAUAGAAUUCAUUAUAGAAUUCAUUAUAGAAUUCAAUAUAGGAUUCAUUAUAGAAUUCAUUAUAGAAUUCAUUAUAGAAUUCAUUAUAGAAUUCAUUAUAGAAUUCAUUAUAGAAUUCAUUAUAGAAUUCAUUAUAGAAUUCAUUAUAGAAUUCAUUAUAGAAUUCAUUAUAGAAUUCAUUAUAGAAUUCAUUAUAGAAUUCAUUAUAGAAUUCAUUAUAGAAUUCAUUAUAGAAUUCAUUAUAGAAUUCAUUAUAGAAUUCAUUAUAGAAUUCAUUAUAGAAUUCAUUAUAGAAUUCAUUAUAGAAUUCAUUAUAGAAUUCAUUAUAGAAUUCAUUAUAGAAUUCAUUAUAGAAUUCAUUAUAGAAUUCAUUAUAGAAUUCAUUAUAGAAUUCAUUAUAGAAUUCAUUAUAGAAUUCAUUAUAGAAUUCAUUAUAGAAUUCAUUAUAGAAUUCAUUAUAGAAUUCAUUAUAGAAUUCAUUAUAGAAUUCAUUAUAGAAUUCAUUAUAGAAUUCAUUAUAGAAUUCAUUAUAGAAUUCAUUAUAGAAUUCAUUAUAGAAUUCAUUAUAGAAUUCAUUAUAGAAUUCAUUAUAGAAUUCAUUAUAGAAUUCAUUAUAGAAUUCAUUAUAGAAUUCAUUAUAGAAUUCAUUAUAGAAUUCAUUAUAGAAUUAAUUAUAGAAUUAAUUAUAGAAUUCAUUAUAGAAUUCAUUAUAGAAUUCAUUAUAGAAUUCAUUAUAGAAUUCAUUAUAUAA